AUGGAGUACUUUCAGAACCGUGUUGACUCCUUUGGUCCUCCCAGGUCAAAGCGAACGAAGGCCUCUUCCAGCAAGCAACCCACCUGGCCCCACCCCGCGUCGUUCAAAGCCACUCCUGAGACUCUUGCUGAGGCCGGCUUCUACUUCCACCCCGAUUCUGACUUUCCCGACAACGUAGCGUGCUUCAUGUGCAAGAAGAACCUAGAUGGAUGGGAGCCUGAUGACGACCCGUUCACGAUCCACUAUAGCAAGUGUCGCGACUCGUGCGCUUGGGCCGUCGUACGGUGCCAAAGAGCUCUGGAUGACGAGGGCUUUGACUUCUCCGAUCCGACGCGUCACCCGACGAGCAAGGCUAUGGAAAAGGCGCGCCUUGACACCUUUUCUAAGGCUCGAUGGCCCCAUGAUGCGGUUAAGGGUCAUGGUGCGAACUCGAGAGCAAUGGCCAAAGCCGGAUUUCUAUGCAAUUCAGUAGAGCCUGGGGACGACACUGCACUAUGCUUGUACUGCAACCUCUCUCUGAACGGCUGGGAUGAAGAUGAUGACCCCUAUGAAGAGCAUGUGAAACGGGACAAGAAGAACAAGACAUCAUGCGCAUUCAUCAAAGCAUACACUGGCAAUGCUCUCAGUAAAUCUACCGCGAAACGACCGGCUUCGAAGGCAGCAUCUAAACCGCCCACUCGCUCUGUCUCGCGAUCGUCGAAAGCAGCAGCGGCCGCAGGAAAGGAGGCCCCGGAGGAGGUGACGGACUCCGAUGAUGAGCUUGCUGCAGGAUCUUCAGAGCUCACCGUGCUUACCAAGACAUCCGACAGUCGUGCGAGCAGAGCGAGCUCCGCCCGUGCGUCGUCCGCUGCAAAGACUCCCGGCUCGCGACGGUCAACGCGGGGGAUGAGCACGACUGGCAAGACGCCUGGUAGCCGGACAGUCAGCUCGGAGCUUGAAGAGACAGAUGGCGGCAGCGAGAGCGAUGCUGGGAGGCGCACGACGAAGUCAAGGCGGAAGACGGGCAGACAGACCAAGGCUCGUGUCUCUGCUAUUGUCGAGGAGGAGGACGAGAUGGAGCCACCGAAGUCCACAAGGGGCACGGAGGAUGUGGAGAUGGCAGAGGCGGAGCCCGAGCCCGAGCCACAGCCUGAGAAGAAGAAGCGAGGCAGGCCACCGAAGAGCGCUGCGGCGAAGUCUACUCCCAAAAUGAACCCGAAGAAUGAGGUGGAGGAUGAGGAGACCGGACAGGAACUCGGCGCCGAGCCCGCACACGUACCCCCCGCCAAGAAGACGCACGCGCGCACGCGAUCGAAGGCGAAUCUGGAACCAGAUACAGAUACCGUUGCACCUGCAACCUCGAAGGGCACGCAUACACGGACCAAAUCGACGUCCAAGGUGAAGGUCAAGCAGGAGGAGGGCGAGGAUGAGGCGUCCGGCGUUCCAGCACCCGCACCGAAGAAGAAGGGCAAGCAGCGCGCCCCUCAGCUUGUCGAACACGAAGAUGAGGAUCCGUCGUCUGCUCUGCCUGCGAAGCCGAAGAGCAAGGCUGUGUCACGGUCGAAGACGAAGCUAACGCCCAAGCCCGAAGCUUCAGACGAAGACGUCGCUUCCGCUCGGGAUGACGGAUCGCACACGCGCGUGAACAGUGGGCGGAGCGCUGCGCCACGCGAGUCCCAAGCAGCUUCGGAACGCAAGUCCUCUUUGUCGGAGGAUGCGGGUUACGCAACUGCAGAAGCUCCUGCGGAAGCGGACCAGAUGGAGGUCGAUGAGGAGCCCGCCCCUCCCAAGCCCACGAAGAAGGCGCAGGUCCCCGCUGCCAACGCAGUUCAGCCGGUCCCGCGCGCGAACUCGCGGCCGACGCCAGCUAGUAGCGAAGUCAGCCAGCGACCGAGCCCAGUAAUCAGGUCAUCAAGUGGCGCGCCACCGUCCUCCCGCGCCUCGUCCUCGCGUCCCCCUAGCAAACUGUCCAUCGCGAGGGCGCCCACCAAAGACACGCUGACGGUCGUCGAGAUCGACUCCGACGGAGAAGGUUCGCCUGAACGUCCACCCAAACCUCAGUCUAAGGCGAAGGCUCCUGCGUCGAGGCAAGAGAGCACAGCAUCGGUGAACGGGGUGAAGAAGCCCGCCAGUCAGCCAUCGAAGAAGAAGCUUCAGGUCGAGGUCGUCGUGCCACCGAAGACGUUCAAGCCUGUGAGCUCGGAUGAUGCGCAGGUGCAGAACGACGCGCUCGCAAGCCCUCCCCCGCGACCUCCUAGGUCGCCCGAUCGCCCAACCAAGUCCGAGUUUCCUGCGCCUGGUACGCCGGCUUCUGCCGAUUACCACUCUACUCAUACAUCUCCUGAGCGAGACGCCGAAGGCGACGGAGACGUCCGCAUGUUUAGCGAAGCAGAUGCCGCGCCUGCUGUUUCGAGCUCUCCGCGCACGUACCAUCCAUUCCUCGCGCAGUUUCCGAUCGAGAAGCUGGUGGGCCUGACGGAAGAGGAGACCGAGAUGACGCUCGAGCAGUACAUCCGGCGGGAGAUGGAGCUGCAGUACGCGCAGAUGAAGGCCGACGGGGAGCGGCGUAUUGAGGAGUUCAAGCACAAGGCGGCUGAGACCAGGAGGUUGAUGGAGACGUCGUGA